GCAUGGAAAUUUGGCAAGUAUAAAAAACUGCAAAAAAAAAUUGUGAAGUCGUUAGGCAAUGGACCGCCAAAAUUUUCAUUUUGCAACUAACAAUUCGUUGGUAGCGUUAAAACGUGAAGUGACACGAGUCACUCACAAAAGGAACCAAAGAGAAAGAUCCAACCGAAACCGUUUUUAACAAUUUUCUCUGCUAAAAAUACUAUUAGCCAAACUUCCCCUUCGUUAUGUGCGCGUUACACAUCUUUCUUCUCUGAAACUUUUCUCGACUUUGAGAUCAGAUAAACGAAAAUGGCGAAAUCAAGUGCCGACGAUUCCGAACUCCGGCGAGCUUGCGAGGCUGCAAUUGAAGGAACCAAACAGAAGAUCGUCAUUUCCAUCCGAGUCGUCAAGACUCUCGGCACCUGGGGAAAAGCUUCCAAGCUUGGUCGUCAAAUGGCGAAACCUAGGGUUCUCGCUAUCUCUACAAAAGCAAAAAGUCAACGGACAAAAGCUUUUCUUCGAGUUUUAAAGUAUUCGAAUGGAGGAGUUCUUGAGCCUGCUAAAAUAUACAAGCUGAAGCAUCUCUCCAAAGUGGAAGUUGCAACAAAUGAUCCCAGUGGAUGUACUUUUACGUUGGGAUUUGAUAACCUUAGAAAUCACAGUGUGGCUCCUCCACAGUGGACAAUGCGCAAUAUUGAUGACAGGAAUCGCCUCCUGCUUUCUAUCUUGAAUAUUUGCAAAGAUGUCUUGGGUCGCCUUCCUAAGGUGGUUGGUGUUGAUGUUGUGGAGAUGGCUCUUUGGGCUAAGGAAAAUACACCUGCAGUUUCCACUCAUGAUAACCAAGCAGACGGUGCUACUUUUGAAUCUUCUGCCAAUGAAACAGAAUUGAAAGUCAAUGUUGAAAAGGAGCUUGUCUCCCAAGCAGAGGAAGAGGACAUGGAAGCUCUUUUGGGAACUUAUAUAAUGGGCAUUAGUCAAGCAGAGGCAUUUUCUGAAAGGUUGAAAAGAGAGCUCCAGGCUCUAGAAGCAGCAAAUGUGCAUGCUAUUUUAGAAAGUGAACCUUUAAUAGAUGAGGUGUUGCAAGGGCUUGAAGCUGCUUCGAAUUGUGUGGAAGAUAUGGAUGAAUGGUUAGGCAUGUUCAAUGUGAAACUCCGACACAUGAGGGAGGACAUUGAAUCAAUUGAAAUCCGCAAUAACAAGUUGGAAAUGCAAUCAGUAAAUAACAAAACUCUCAUUGAAGAGCUUGAUAAACUUCUUGAGCAAUUGAAUAUCCCUUCUGAGUAUUCAGCAUUUUUGACUGGAGAUUCGUUUGAUGAAGCGCAAAUGCUUCAAAAUAUAGAAGCAUGUGAGUGGUUGACUGGUGCCUUGCGUGGUUUUGAAGUGUCCAACAUAGAUCCUACUUAUGCCAAGAUGAGAGCUUUUAAAGAGAAACGAGGAGAACUUCAAAUAUUAAAAUCUACUUUUGUCAGGAGAGCUUCUGAAUUUUUGAGGAAUUACUUUGCUACUUUUGUUGAUUUCAUGAUGAAUGAUAAAAACUACUUUUCUCAGCGGGGACAAUUGAAAAGGCCAGAUCAUGCUGACCUGCGAUACAAGUGCAGGACAUAUGCACGCCUUUUGCAACAUUUAAAGAUUCUGGAUAAGAAUUGCUUGGGCCCAUUGAAAAAAGCUUAUUGCUGUUCUCUAAACUUGCUUCUUCGCAGGGAGGCCCGCGAGUUUGCUAAUGAACUUCGUGCUAGUACUAAAACGUCUAGAAAUCCAACUGGUUGGCUUGAAGGUUCCACAGGUUCUGGUCAGAAUGUAAACUCUGCUGACUCUUCUACAGUUUCUGAUGCAUAUGCAAAGCUGCUCACCGUAUUUAUCCCACUUAUGGUGGAUGAGAGUUCUUUUUUUGCACACUUCAUGUGCUUCGAAGUUCCUACACUUGAUGGUAAUAAAUCUGGAUACAAUGAUGGUGCUAACGAUGACGACGAUUUGGGAAUUGCGGACAUUGAUGAGAAUGACAGUAAAUCCAGUACAUGUCUAAGUUCUGUGGAGCUUGCAGCUUUAAACGAAUCACUUCAGGAUUUGCUUGAUGGAAUUCAAGAAGACUUCUAUGCUGUUGUGGAUUGGGCAUACAAGAUUGAUCCUUUAUGCUGCAUAUCAAUGCAUGGGACAACAGAACGCUAUCUCUCUGGUCAAAAGGCUGAUGCAGCAAGAUUUGUCCGCCUUUUACUUGGUGACCUUGAGUCUCGGAUAUCUAUGCUAUUCAGCCGGUUUGUUGAUGAAGCUAGCCAUCAGAUUGAAAGAAGUGAGCGCAAUGUUCGCCAAAGUGUCCUACCCUACAUUCCCAGAUUUGCAACCCUUGCAACACGGAUGGAGCAGUACAUUGCGGGACAGUCCAGGGAUUUGGUUGACCAAGCAUACACAAAAUUUGUUAGCAUAAUGUUUGUAACUUUGGAAAAACUUGCACAAACAGAACCAAAGUAUGCAGAUAUUUUUCUUAUAGAGAACUAUGCUGCUUUUCAGAAUAGUUUGUAUGACCUAGCCAACGUGGUGCCUACUCUGGCCAAAUUUUAUCAUCAAGCUAGUGAAGCGUAUGAGCAAUCAUGCACACGCCAUAUUAGCAUGAUUAUCUAUUAUCAAUUUGAACGGCUUUUCCAAUUUGCUCGAAGGAUUGAGGACUUGAUUCUCAGUAAUGUUUCACCUGAAGAGAUUCCCUUCCAGCUUGGGCUGUCAAAAGUGGAUUUUCGGAAGAUGCUAAGAUCCAGUUUGUCUGGGAUGGACAAGUCCAUUGCUGCAAUGUAUAAGAAAUUGCAGAAGAAUUUGACUUCUGAGGAACUGUUACCUUCCUUAUGGGAUAAAUGCAAGAAGGAUUUUGUCGAUAAGUACGACAGUUUUGUCCAACUUUGCGCCAAGAUUUACCCUGCUGAGUCAGUCCCUUCUACAGCAGAAUUGAGAGAACUUUUAGCUUCAAUGUAAAGGUUUGCUUGUGUCUACAUUUCAUCAUUCUUUUUUACUAAGAUGUAAUGUAAUUUACUGGAGUGCAUUAUGUUGUUUAAAUUACUUGAAACAAGCAUUUAAAUGCAUCAUUCUGAGAACGUGAUGAAUAAAUAUAAUCUCGUGUUAGUUUCAUGUUUUGAUAUUAA